UCCAGGAUGGCGGUGGCUCCUCCAAGUUACUGUUUUGUGGCCUUCCCGCCGCGUGCCAAGGAUGGCCUGGUGGUUUUCGGGAAAAAUUCAGCGCGGCCCAGAGAAGAAGUGCAGGAGGUUGUGUAUUUCUCUGCUGCUGACCAUGACCACGAGAGCAAGGUGGAGUGCACUUACAUCUCCAUCGACCAAGUUCCGAGGACCCACGCCAUUGUGAUCAGCAGGCCUGCCUGGCUGUGGGGGGCAGAAAUGGGAGCCAACGAGCAUGGAGUGUGCAUAGCCAAUGAAGCCGUCAACACCAGAGAACCUGCUGCCGAGACGGAAGCCUUACUGGGGAUGGAUCUGGUCAGGCUUGGUUUGGAAAGAGGGACAACAGCUAAAGAAGCCUUGGAUGUUAUCGUCUCCUUGUUGGAAGAACAUGGACAAGGUGGAAAUUACUAUGAAGACGCAAACUCCUGCCAGAGCUUCCAGAGUGCAUAUCUGAUUGUGGAUCGUGAGGAAGCCUGGGUGCUUGAGACUGUAGGGAAGUACUGGGCGGCGGAGAAAAUCACAGAGGGAGAGAAGUCCAUCUGCAAUCAGCUUUCCCUCACCACGAAGAUCGACGCGGAGCACCCUGAACUCAGGAACUAUGCUCAGAGUCGAGGCUGGUGGACGGGGGAGGACGAGUUCAAUUUUUCUGAGGUCUUUGCUCUGGCUGAUGACCAUCGAGACUGCUGUGCAGGAAAUAACAGCUUGGAAAACCAGGGAGAAAGCAUUACUGUACAAACUAUGAUUGACAUCUUACGUGACAAAGCCAGUGGAGUCUGUGUAGACUCAGAAUCGUUCCUCACCACAGCCAGUACUGUGUCCGUCCUGCCUCAGAAUAGAAGCUCACCCUGCAUUCACUACUUCACGGGGACACCAGAUCCAUCCAGGUCCAUAUUCAAGCCUUUCAUCUUUGUGGAUAAUGUAAAACCUGUCCCCAAAGCACAGUCUCCCAGUUUUGGGGACGAUGACCCUGCCAAAAAGAACCCUCGGUUCCAGGAGAAACCGGAUCGCCGGCAUGAGCUGUACAAGGCCCAUGAGUGGGCACGCGCAGUCAUUGGAAGUGACCAGGAGCAAGGUCGCACGCUGAGGAAGACCAUGCUGGAACUAGAGAGGCAAGGCCUGGAAGCCAUGGAAGAAAUCCUGAGCAGCUCCAGCCCCCUGGACCCCGAGGAAGUGGGAGACCUUCUCUAUGACUGUGUGGACACGGAGAUUAAGUUCUUCAAGUGAGGCGCGCGGUCUUCCCCACUCCCUUAUUUGAAACGUCCCACCUUACUAAGGCUCCGGUAAGACACACCGCUCUCCCGUGCAAGUAAAAUGAGAACGUGAAGGCGUGCUCCCCCUUGCUGAAGCCCGAUGGAACCGAGCAGUCUCGCCCUGCCUCGGAUCUCGAAACAGCCCCUUCCUUUGCGAUGGCACCCGCCCCCUUCCUCUGCCGUGGAACCCGUCACCACUUGCCUGCUGGUUGGUUGGGUGAGCAAGUGCGGACUCUGAGCCGCUGUUACUGUGCUCCAGUGACAAUGGACAUGUACCCCUUUCGGAAGAGGACUCGAGGCCACCAGACGGUCCCCUCAGUGCUGACUUGGCAGAAAGAGCCAAGUCUUGUCAAGUUUUAUGUUUUUCUCCAUCACAGUCUCUCUCUCGCAGCACCCCCACCUCCAUCCCUGCCCACCCCAGGUUAACAAAAGGCAUUUCUUUGCUGGCCUGGGGUUCUGUGUGCACGAUCUCACGGAUUUCCCUUAACCCGAGGUACAGGAUGUCCCCUGGGGGGACAUCUGAGGGGUAGAUCCAGAGAGGUUGGAGGGGGCUCCUCUUCAGUCUUUGUGCCCGAAGAACCUGACUUCCAUGUCCUGUGUUUCUGUGUGGUGGACCUACAGCGAGGCAGCCAGGCUGGUGGUUCCGAGUCACCCCAAGGAUCCUCCCAAAGCGCAGCUGCUCUCCUGCCACAGCGCACGGGGCCCUGCGUAGAAACGAUUCCAGGCUGAAUUGCCAACAGUUAGUCUAGCAUGAAUUGAGUGGCCCUCUGGGAUCAUUCCACCGCCCAAAGCAAUGCAUUUCUUAGCUAAUGAGGGAAAAAUAAGGAGAAACUCCGACUGCGUAGGCUCCCAUUGAAAUAGCUGGGGGCCGAGCAGUUGCUGCAUUAUCUCAGCAGAGGGACUUUAAUUAAACGGAUUUGUUUCUAGCAUCGUGUUCGAAUGAAGGAGUUGAUUUCCCACCAGAGUGUGGAAAAGGGUGUAAGGAAGACCAGGUGGGCCCAGGGUGGGGCAGGCAGAGGGCAAGGAGGCAUGUUGCCCCAGGAUAGCAAUCCAUUUCUAGCCAACCCCACUCGUUCCAACCCACAAAGCUGUCUGAGAAAGAGCCAGCUCCUGCCGCGCCUUCUUCCCGGGCCUUGGGAGCUGGCAGCUGAAGUGGGUGGAUGGUGGUGGGAGGUCUUACCUCCAUGGAAGACCACACUCCUCCAUUCCGUUCCUGCAAUCGAAGGGGGUGCCGGGUGUGUGCUAACCCAUUCA